UGGAUUAGUUUAUUGUGUAAAUUAUAUUUUAAUGAAAAACAAUACUUCAAAAAAUAGUUGAUGACUUCAAUAAAAAUAGUGUUUAGAUAACGUAAAAUAUGAUGGAUUACGAAUUCAAAAUAAAAACACAGAAAGACAGGACCAAGGUCGAGGAUUUAUUUGAAUUCGAAGGGUGUAAAGUCGGCAGAGGUACUUAUGGACACGUCUACAAAGCUCGCCGAAAAGAAGGAGUGUCUGACAGCGAGUUCAAGUCUAGGCCAGACACCAAAGACUUUGGUCUUAAACAAAUCGAAGGAACAGGACUGUCAAUGUCCGCUUGUAGAGAAAUUGCUUUACUCAGGGAAUUGAAGCAUAUCAAUGUCAUUACGCUUAUUAGGGUAUUUCUUUCUCACAAUGACAGAAAAGUGUCGUUACUUUUUGAUUUUGCGGAACAUGAUCUAUGGCAUAUUAUUAAAUUUCAUAGAGCUGCUAAAGCUAACAAAAAACCAGUGAUGGUGCCAAAAGGAAUGGUCAAGUCGUUGUUGUACCAAAUUCUCAAUGGUAUUCAUUAUUUACAUUCCAAUUGGGUUCUCCACAGAGACUUGAAACCGGCGAAUAUUUUGGUAAUGGGAGAAGGAAACGAAAGAGGCAGAGUUAAAAUAGCGGACAUGGGUUUUGCGCGUUUGUUCAACGCUCCUUUGAAACCUCUGGCUGAUCUUGAUCCUGUUGUUGUUACAUUUUGGUACAGAGCACCUGAAUUAUUACUAGGAGCGAGGCAUUAUACAAAAGCUAUCGAUAUAUGGGCUAUUGGUUGUAUAUUUGCUGAGUUGUUAACUUCCGAGCCAAUAUUUCAUUGUAGACAAGAAGACAUUAAAACUAGUAAUCCUUACCAUCAUGAUCAGUUGGAUCGUAUUUUUAAUGUGAUGGGAUUCCCACUAGAAAAGGACUGGGAGGACAUAAAGAAAAUGCCCGAGCAUCCUACAUUACUCAAAGACUUCAAGCGAUCCAAUUACGCCAAUUGUUCACUUACCAAGUACAUGGAUCGGCAUAAAAUAAAACCCGAUAGCAAAGCGUUCAAUUUGUUACAAAAAUUGCUGAUGAUGGAUCCUAAUAAACGGAUAACAUCUGAGCAUUCGAUGCAAGACGCCUACUUUCAAGAAGAGCCACUGCCAACUCAAGAUAUUUUUGCUGGAUGUCCGAUCCCGUAUCCUAAAAGAGAAUUCUUGACGGACGACGAUACCGAUGAAAAGACUGAAAACAAAGCUCGUCAGAACCAGCAGCAAACGCAACCGAAUCAACCGCAGCAAGGGAAUAACGAGCAUAAUCACGGACAAAAUCCAAAACGAGCGAGGCUGGGCACUCACGGCGCUCCCGAGUUCCACCAGCAUCAAAGUCAUGCAAUGACUCACCAGCAGCCACCUGGAAUGGUCUACUCUACGGCCCAACCAACUCAGCCCGCAAACUUUCAUCAGCGUUACUAGUCGACCACCGCCACCGCCAGUCCCUAGCCCGAUCGUGCUGAUAAUUUUUUCAUAAUUAAAUUUUAUUAUCAGGAACGUUGAACGUCAGCACUGUCAACUGCAAACAUCAUAUAGAAUUGUAUAUUCCCAACAGAUUUAUGACAAUGCAAUGCUAUUUAUAUUAUAAAUACAAA